ACCGGGUGUCAUAACACAUGGAGGAAGAGUUAUAAAGCGUUAUAACGGAAGCGUCCUUUCAGCCGCGGGUUCAGGUCCAGAUGACAGAUCCUUCCCCGCGGUAACAUGGCCGCGUCCGCCGGAGAAUCAUCAUCCUCCUCCACCGCGGGCAUCCCCAUCAUAACCGGCGAACCCAUGGAGGACAGCACCGGUAAGGUCCCGGAACAGACCGGAGAACCGAAUAAAAAGCCGUGCAGGGCUUGUACCGAUUUCAAGUCGUGGAUGAAGGUCCAAAAAACACCACAGGCGGCCCAGGCUGAGCAUGUGGAGCCCCAGCGGCGGACGGAAUGUCCACUGGACAGGGAGGAGUUAGGGCGUAACACCUGGUCCUUCCUCCACACCAUGGCAGCUUACUACCCAGACCAGCCCUCUCUCAGACAGCAGACGGACAUGGGACAGUUCAUCAACCUCUUCUCUAAGGUCUUCCCCUGCGAGGAGUGUGCUGAGGACCUGCGGACAAGGCUGAAGACCAAUCAGCCCGACGCCAGCAGCCGCCGCGCCCUCUCCCAGUGGCUGUGCGGCGUCCAUAACGACGUGAACGCUCGGCUGGGGAAGCGGCGGUUUGACUGUUCCCGCGUGGAUGAGAGGUGGCGGGACGGGUGGAAAGACGGGAGCUGUGACUGAAUCGAUCCAUUGACCUGAUCGAUUACUAUACCUGCUGACCUGAUCGAUUACUAUACCUGCUGACCUGAUCGAUUACUAUACCUGCUGACUGAUUGAUUACUAUACCUGCUGACCUGAUCGAUUACUAUACCUGCUGACCUGAUCGAUUACUAUACCUGCUGACCUGAUCGAUUACUAUACCAGGGAUCACUGUCAAUCUGUGGUUCAGAGCCUUCAGACAGUAUUCACACCCCUGGACUUAAUUCGACACAUUUUGUGUUGUGUUACUGCCUGAAUUCAAAAUGGAUACCCCCUUCAUGACAUCGCAAUACCCCUUCAUGACAUCGCAAUACCCCCUUCAUGACAUCACAAUACCCCCUUCAUGACAUCACAAUACCCCCUUCAUGACAUCACAAUACCCCCUUCAUGACAAAAGUGAAAACAGGUUUAUUUUAUUUUA